AUGCUGCGGAACAUAUUUGAUGAGUUUAUCAGCAAGGGGGGACCAGACAUGCUAAUAGGAGAUGCUGCCGUUGCCGCCACUGUACUUGAAGUGCUGUGUUUGGGGGCCGGACAAGACGUUGGAAGAUCUUGUGUAUGCGUGACUCUUAAGGACAAGACCAUCAUGUUCGACUCAGGCAUCCACAUGCUCUAUUCCGACAGUCGCAGAUACCCUGACUUCUCCCAGCUCUACUCUCCACCCAACAGCAUCAACCAGGCCGUCCAUCUUGUCCUCCUCACCCAUUUCCACCUCGAUCAUUGCGGCGCCCUCCCCUAUCUUACCUAGCAUCACGGAUACAGUGGACCUAUCCUCGCUUCCACGCCUACCAAGGCCCUCCUGCCGCUCAUGCUGGAGGAUUACAGAAAAGUCAUCACAGAGCAGAAGAAAGAGGAGCAAUUCUAUGUCUUCACUGCUGGAGAGGUGAGGGCAUCAGCAGACAGAGUCAAAAGCAUUGGAUUAUUCGAGACCGUAGAGGUGAAUGGCAUAAGGGUGACAUCUUACUAUGCAGGACAUGUGCUUGGUGCUUGCAUGUUCCACGUCGAAUACGGCGGUCUUUCAGUUGUCUACACAGGAGACUAUAACUCCUAUGCUGACCGCCACCUGGGAGCUGCCUCGGCUCCUCGGCUCAGUCCCAACCUGCUCAUCACCGAAACCACCUAUGCCACCACCAUCAGAGAUACUAAGAGAGACCGAGAGAGGACGAUGCUGCAACUCAUUACGUAGACUGUAGAAAAAGGAGGGAAAGUUUUAAUACCCGUCUUUGCGUUGGGUCGUGCGCAGGAAUUAUCAGUCUUGCUGGAAAGCUAUUGGAAGAGGACUGACAGUAGUGUCCCUAUCUACUUCUCAGCAGGACUUAUAGAGAGGGCAAAUCUCUUCUAUCGGCUCUUCGUGGACUGGCAGAACUAAAAAAUCCAAGAAGAAUUCGCAAACGGAGACAACAUGUUUGAAUUCAAGAAGGUAAAGCCAUUCGAUAAGUCCCUUUUGAAAGCAGACAUGCCUUAUGUUCUUUUCGCCACGCCAGGCAUGCUCCACGGAGGAUCAAGCAUGCAAGUCUUCAAGGAAUGGUGUGCUGAUGAACGCAACACUCUCAUCAUUCCCGGCUACUGUGUUGAAGGAACCUUAGGAAAUAAGCUUUUAAGGGGAGCCAAGGAGGUAAUGCUUGACAAGAAACUUUAUGAAGUGAAGAUGAAAGUUGUAAAUGUUUCCUUUUCUGCUCACGCAGAUGCCAAGGGUAUCAUCAACUUGCUCAGGAACAUAGAUCCUUAGAACAUAAUGCUCGUCCAUGGAGAUAAGAUGAAAAUGGAAGCAUUUGCUCCGCUGGUCCAGCAACAACUUUCAAAGCCAGUCUACAUGCCAGCCAACCUUGACCGUAUCAGCAUCGACUGCAUUCCUCACAGUGAAAUUUAG